AUGAAAAUUAUAAAUUUAAAAUACAUGAAACAAUUGAUCUUCAUUUAAAAUAAAUUAAAAUAAACGAUUAUUAAUUAAAACAAGAUUUCUGAGAAAGAUCUAAAUGAAAAAAUCAAAGAUUUAUCUUAAAAAAUUAAUAAAUUAGUCAAUACAAUAAGUUUCUCAAAUAUCACUGCUUAAGAAUUAAGAAGUUAAGAUGAACUCAAUAAUACAAAAACAGAAACAAAAUGUGAUCCCGCUUUUGAAGAAGAUAUUACCAAUUUAAAUGAAAAUUAUUUGACAGAAACAGAUGAAAUAUAAACUGAUUGCUCAAGCUAAAACACUUAAAGCCAUUCUUUGCAAUAAAAAAAUUUAAUUCUUUAGAAUAAGCACUAGUAUAUUUAAACAAAAAAAAGUGUUUCAUUUUAUUAAGACCUUGGAAAAUAUUACGAACAGAAAGAAAGUAAUACAAAAUCAAAAGAAAAUAUAUAAAUUUAAAUAAAAAAAGUGUAAAGUGAUCCAGGGUUUGAGUGUAAAAUGCAGAAAUUGUAAAUUGAAACAAUACCAAAAAAAUCAAUUCUCAAAAAGUCAAAAACUCUUGAAAAACCAAAUUAUGGUUAAGAAUUCUAUAAUGAUUUAAACUUCUUAGAGCUGGAUUUUGAUUUCUAUAGAGUAAAAGACAACUAAUUCAUUUUAAAUUUACUUUAAAAAGAAUAAAAGGAUUAAAAAUAUAGUUAUAAUGCAUAUUUUAGUGAAUAAGCUGUAAAAUUAUCUAAUUCUGGUGAAUCAUAAUAAAGAAUUAUUUGCUUGACUCAAAACUAUUUUUAUGUUUUGCCAAAUUUAAAUAGCUCUUCAGAUGUAAAAAGAUUCUUAAUAGCAGAAAUAAAUGAAAUAAUUCUUGAUACAAAUGACUCAGAAAUAUGCUCGCUUGUUAUUAAAAACUAAUUCAAAUUAAAUAUAAAGUUAAAUCAUAGAUAAGAAUUUAUUCAGUUUAUUUUGAAUGUUUUUAAAAAGUUGAUAAAUGCUCUUCCUCCAAUCAUUUAUUUUAAAAAUUGUAAUCAUUUCCUAAAUUCUUAACACAGGAAAAUUGCUGAUUAAUAAUAAUUAAAUAACUCUCUUUACAAAUGA